CCAGCCCGCCUAAAUUAAUCCCCCGCCGUCCAGCUCCGCCGCACGCGCACCGCAGAAGUAGCUCAACUAUGAAGUGGUGCAUUUGAUGAAUGAAGGAAUCAAUCGAACUGUUUCUCUAUGAUUCUGUAAACUUGGCGUUGCCGAAGACAGGAAAUUUGGAGAAUCGCAGUAUCCACUGGAGUCUGGAGCUGGCUUAAUGGGUCAUGUUUAAUUUGUGUGUAUGCCUGAGAGGUAUAUCGAAGCAAAUUUGAAACCUUUGGUGCACCAUGAAAGCUCCCAUUAUUGAUCCACUACAGGGUGAUUUUCCAGAAGUAAUAGAGGAGUAUUUGGAGUAUGGUGUUAUGAAAUGUAUUGCAUUUAAUCGCCGUGGAAACCUUCUUGCUGCUGGGUGCUCCGACGGAAGUUGUAUCAUAUGGGAUUUUGAAACCAGAGGCAUUGCUAAAGAAUUAAAAGAUAAGGACUGUGCUGUGGCAAUAACAAGUGUUUCUUGGUCCAAGUAUGGCCACUGCAUACUAGCUGCAGCUGUAGAUAAGUCGCUGACUCUUUGGGAUGUUGUCAAAGGAGAGAGAAUGGCUCAAACUGUACUACAACAAACGCCUUUGCGUGCUUGUCUCCAUCCUGGUUUUUCCAACCCGUCAAUUUGCUUAGCUUGUCCUCUGUCAUCAGCCCCAAUGAUUGUCGACUUGCUUACAGCGACCACAAUUGUGCUUCCUGUGUCAUUGUCUGACAUAGGAAAUGGUGCCACCCCUCCAUCUAGUAAUAAAAUUCCAGAUGGAUCUGCUCCUUUUUCACCUGCUAUUGCGUGCUUCAGCAAGUAUGGCGAUUUGGUGUACGUGGGAAAUUCCAAAGGAGAGAUACUAAUUAUUGAUGGUGUAAGCAUCAAAAUACGUGGUAUGUUUUCUAUACCAGGGAGCGCACUGAUAAAGAAUAUUGCAUUUAGCAGAAGUGGACAAUAUCUUCUGACAAACUCAAAUGAUAGAAUUAUCAGAAUCUAUGAAAACCUUUUGCCAUUGAAAGGCGGGCAUGAAGUGCUGGACAGAGCAAACCAGGAAUCCAUUGAGCAAGAUGAAGUACAAAGACUGAAGCAUGCAGGAUCAGAGGCUCUAGCUCUUUUCCGGGAGUUUCAGGAUUUAAUCACCAAAGUGCAUUGGAAAGCACCAUAUUUUAGUGGUGACGGAGAGUGGGUUGCUGGAGGUUCUGCUAGCAAAGGAGAGCAUAAGAUCUAUAUAUGGGACAUGGAUCGGCGUCUUGCUAAAAUUCUGGAGGGUCCAAAAGAAACAUUGCUAGAUUUGGCCUGGCAUCCUGUCAAACCUAUAAUUGCUUCCGUUUCCUUGACUGGAAUCGUUUAUUUGUGGGCGAAGGACUGUACUGAGAACUGGAGUGCAUUUGCUCCAGAUUUUAGAGAGCUCGAGGAAAAUGAGGAAUAUGUGGAACGAGAAGAUGAGUUUGAUUUGGUGCCUGAAACAGAGAAAGUGAAAGAGUUGGAUAUCUACGAAGACAGAGACAUUGAUAUUGUGACAGUCGAGGAAGGAGAUUUUGCCUUGAGUGAUUCAGACAUGUCACAGGAAGAAAUAUUUGUCAUCUAAGAAAUCAUGAAAUCCAGAAUGUAAGAUUUUUUGUGUUAUCAAGAUUCAGCUUAUCAGUCUUUUUCAUUUAAGUCAUGUUACAUAGAUCUUAGCACUUAAUAUGACUGCAUUCUUCGCCUCUUCAAUUCAAGGAUUGCAAUUAUUUUGAAACAGAAAUUGUGAGAAGUCUCCUUGGAACUGUAAUUUGUCUUGUAGCUUGAGGUUUCUAGUGAAGAUAAGAUGUCUCAACAGCAGAUGAGGGAGAUCAUGUAUAGCCUGAGGGCAUCGAUUCAUGUGAUAACAACUCUUAGGAACAAGUACGCCUCUAUAUUGCUUCCUGUACUCAAAUUUUCUUACUAAAAUACUACAGUUGGAUUGUU